AUGGCCGUCUUCUUCCUCGGCAGCACCAAGAUUCCUCAGUCUCAUAGCACCUCGGCCUCCAGGCACUCUCGCAAAAGAUCUCCUUCCGAGCAGUCUCUCGACAAGAUUCCGCCGGACCAGCAGCCACCGCCUGAAAAGCCUGAGCUUCGCCAGAGACCAUCGCUCAAGUUCAUCCACGUACGAAGCCUAGGAUCGCCGUCUUCUUCACGACCGUCCUCUCCUGAUCGUCCGGCCUCGCCCCGUCCGCCAUCUUCGCUCUCGCAGCCCUCCCGCCCGUCGUCUCCUAGACCUUCGUCUCCUCGACCUUCAACCCCUCGUCCAUCCACUCCACCUCUAUUACCCCCUCCACGUCCCCGGUCAACCACCACCGCAACCAUGUCUUCCCCAACCAAGAACUCGGUUCCCCCGACCAGCACCACCACCUCUAACCCGUCUACCACUACCACCAGCUCCAGCAACCCCCUCAACUCGAGCACCAGCAACAGCAGCUACCCUAACAACUCUCUCAGCACCAGCAACCCCAACUCGUCUCUCAACAACACUAACAACACCAAGUCCAUCAAUAACAACAACACCAACAACCAGAACAGCGGCUUCGGUAACUCUCUCCCCAUGCCCGGUCUCUCCGGCCCCGCCAACGGACCCAUCGGAAACCUCCUCAAAGGUCCCGUUGACGACAACGGCAAGCUCAAGGACGCCGGCCUCAUGGUCGGUAUCAAGCUUGACCUUGAAGCCGAGGUUCACCUCACGGCUCGGGUCCGAGGUGACAUCCUCGUUGGCCUAUACUAG